AUGACCUAUCCUGCUCACCUCUCGAACGCUUCGGCAAAUCUUACCUCAACCAAACCCCAUCACGUUGAGAUGGAUCUGGGCCAGUCAGAGCAAUGUUGCGUUCCUUGGGAGUUUAUCCUUCCGUUCAUCUCAACAGAACACCGGGGUGAGAUUUGCAGCUUCGUCAAGCUGGCUCUGGCCAUGGCCAUGUGCAGAGUGUCGGGAGAUUCAGACGCAGCUUUCUGCGUACUCAAACCCAUCGGCGCCUCAGUUGCUUCGACUGUUCGUGCAGGAGGCGAUCGAACGACGCAGCUGCUGAAGUUUAGCGUUCAGCUCGAGGAGACCUUGACGAUCGGUCAAGCGCUAUCCAGGAUCGGUGAAUCGACUGAGCAGCCGUUCAAUGAGCUAGAUGGAAACGAACCGUUCAGCGGCGCAAGCGGUUGGGUAGUACUUGCUAUUCCCGCAGAGCUAGAUCCCGAAGAUCAUGAAGACGAGCAGGGGCUUCAGAAAAAGGAAGCUUCUCAAGGCGCUGCACAAAUCACCACGAUCCUUAAGACAAUCAUCCGAUCGGAUUGCAACGAGGCUCUUCACAACAUUGACUCUCUCGAUAGUGACGAACAAAUCCUCGUCCGUGACCAUUGGCCUUGCCAGAAAGUCUCGAAAACCUUCUCGUUGGACACUCCCGCCUCAGUGGGUGGUUUCGAGAGCGUUCAAAUGCAGAUAGCUCGACGCGCACAGCUUCAUCCCAAGAAGAUUGCAUUGCAGACCGCGGAAGGACGUUGCAUGCCAUAUGGCAUGCUCUAUAGACAGGCGCAACACCUGGCCUCCCUUUGUGCUGCCGAGCUCUCUUCCACGGAGAGGGCAUCACCGAUUCCGCUGGCACUUGACCAAGGCAUUCCUUUCCCUCGUGUCAUCCUCACAACCGCCAAGCAAAGUGAUUCGCUGCAAGGUCUCCUCAAUGCAAGCGGAGCUAGAAUUAUCCUGGUCGAUCAGUUGCUCCAACUUCCCGUAGCAAACGAGUCUAUCUUCACCAUUGGUGCCGGCGUGUUUCAUUCGACAGAGGCCUCCGAUCUAGCAGACAUCCUCUUUACGAGUGGAACAAGUGGCGCCCCUAAAGGGAUUCGUGUCGACCACGGUAAUUUGUUCCAUUCUAUCCGGGGAUGCAGGUCGAUGAUGAAUGCCUACCACUCUUUACGCACCCUUGCCUUUUCCGCUCCUGCCAUCGAUAUGAGCGUAUGGGAUCUGUUCGGAACUCUCACAAGCGGAGGUACGAUCUGCGUGGCAAGAAAGCCUCAGUUGCUUCAAGACCUGACAACAAUGUGCGACACUUUUGCCGCCACAUUCUUGCAGUCGACUUCGACGGUUUUGAACUUGAUCAACCCAGCAAGAGUGCCCUUCCUUCACGUCAUUCUUCCGGGCGGCGAGCCUAUGAGUUUUUCGGUGCAGAAGAAAUUUGCUCAGGAUUUCGACCUUUACAACACGUACGGUCCUUCAGAAAUCACCGUCAGCGCUGUGUCUGCGAAUAUUGAACCAUCUUCAAGCCGCAAGACCAUAGGUCAGCCCUUAGGAUCCAACAAGGUGUAUAUUCUUCGAGAUUCAACGGCAGUGACAGACGAUUUCAGCUCAUCUUUGGAGCUUUGCGGCGUCAACGAAAUUGGAGAGAUUGCGUUGGCCGGUCCUCAAGUUGCGCAGGGUUAUCUUCAUCUACCCGAGUUCUCGGCGUCGAAGUUCAUCGCCAAUCCAUUUGCGAAGGGCGAAAGAAUGUUUCUAUCCGGAGAUAUGGCCGUUGCUCUAGCAGCCACCGAUGAAGUCAAGGACGCAACAUGCAUCAAGAUCGAGAUAGACAAGGUCGAAACACUCGCACUGUUUAUUUCUCCUUUUCCCGACAUUAACUCGAUGGACAAGGACGAUCUUCCACACUGUUUGCAGAAGGGUUAUCGAAAUGCCGCGAAUGCAAUCUUUGAACGAUGCGAGUUGCAGCUGCCUUGGUACGCUGUACCUUCUUUCGUUUUCCCACUCGGGGCGAUUCCCUCUACCGCAAACGACAAGCUUGACGAGCGCAGAAUUGCUUCCAUCUACUCGGAUAUCGUUGCAAAGAACUUGGAGAGGCAUUUCCGCCGCAGUGCUAACGAAACUUCCAUUCGAUAUCAAUCUUCCCCGUUGGAGGAAGCCGUUGCGGCGCUCUGGGAGUCUAUCCUACCUUACGAUCUUCCAGCUUGCCGAAUUCCACUCGAUCAGCACUUCUUCGCAGCAGGAGGCAACUCGAUGAGUGUGAUAAAGCUCAGCGCAGCUGCGCGCCAAUCUGGGUACAGCCUGUCAGUUGCCGACAUCUUUGCACAUCCAACCAUUCGUGCGCAAGCUCGCGUGUUGAUGCGAGUCUCUACGCCUUUGAGCACCGAUCUAACGGGUCUCGACGGCGCAGAGGAGCUUCUGGCUCCUUUUAGCCUUGUCAAAGGCUGGGCAGACUCUGCCCAGGAUGGCCUCAGUGAAGUUGAGAUUUCAGUCAACGAAGUCGAAGAGGCGAUGCCAGCUACUCGAACUCAAGAGUCGCUCAUCAGCAUCAGCCUGAGGAACACCCGACAUGGCGGCCGCUAUAUGGCGCGUAUGGGAGUCCCAAUCCCAGACUGGGUCUCGGUAGAGCGAUUCAAGGAAGCUUGGAAGCAGCUUGUUUCGGCAACUCCAAUUCUGCGAACAGCUUUCGUGUUGCAGGGCGACCAGCUGCUUCAGCUUGUUCUGAAAACCACGUCCGCUCAAGUUCAACAGCUCGUCAAUCUCACUGCAAGACGCAGUCAUGACAGCUGCGUUCACAUGCAGUUCAAGCUCGGUCAAUGUCCUGUUGCGGCCGAACUCGACAUUGCUAGCGAUAAGACAGACUUUCACCUGACUAUACAUCACUCUGUAUAUGACGGCGAGCUGCUCCGACUUCUUUCCGAGCGACUGAUUCAGCUCUGUCGCACCCCCGGAGCGGAGCUGCAAGGCCGUCCCUAUUCCUUGUUCGUUCAUCGUCUUCUCAAGCUCCAGGACAAUGAAAAAUCGAUUGCGUACUGGAAACGGUAUCUGUUCGAAUGUCAGGCAUUCACCUGGCCCACCGAGAUGGUAGGAAAGGCUGGCUUAGCCUCGCAAGUCGAACGGCAAAGCUCCUGCAGGGAGACUCAGAUGGUUUUCGAAGGUGCUCUGCGCUCUAAAGCGCAGGAGCAUUGCGUGACAACAGCGACUCUCUUCAAGACAGCAUUAACCAUCGUCCUCCAUGCAUCUUCGGGUGCAAACGACUUCAUCUACAGUCUCGUCUCUUCUGGCCGCUCCGGCAUGGCUGGGCACGCAGACCUUCAGGAUGUAUUAGGACCUUGUGUCACUACUGUGCCAGUUCGAGCUGUCAUCGCUCCAGAUCAGACUGUCACGGAGCUUCUCGCUCAAAUUGACGCUGACGGUGCAGCAGCCCUUGCCCACGAGCAUGUCGGCUACGCCAAGAUCUGUGGUACAGCAAAUCUGCGUCCUGCAACAGCCUUGUCUACCGUCUUGUUGACCUUUCAAGACGAGCCUUCUGCUUUAUCAGCCCAAGAAUUCAGCCUCUUUGACGCGACCACUCAAAUGGAAGUAGAGUUCCCGAUCAAUCUCAUCGUGCACCCGCGCGACGAAGCCUUGCUCAUGGCGCUCUGCUCACACGACGAGGAGGUUGCUCCUAGAUUGGCGACGUUCUUCUUGCAACGGAUCUCGGCUGUUCUGACUUCGAUUUGCAGCAGUGACUUAAGAGGAUUGACAGUAAAAAGAUCUUCCCCGCUUACGGCUACAAGUACAAUCAAAGCCUUCGAGCCGGUUCAUGUCUCCUUUUCGGCAAAAGCCCGGCAGAUCCCGAAGAAGAUCGCUAUCAUGUUCUUGGACGGCGAAGCCAUCACGUAUGAUAGGCUCGAUUACCUGUCCGGUCAGCUCUCUGUGAAGCUGGCUGCCCGUAUCUCUUCUUCCAAUCCCAGUAAGCGGCCAGUGGCCAUCUUCAUGCCUAAAAGCAUCGCGCUCUAUAUCGUCAUUUUUGCCGUGCUCAAAGCGGGUUAUGGAUACGUAGCGUUCGAGCCCGAUCAUCCGCCAUCCAGAACGCCUCAGCUCUUGUCGCACGUCCAAGCGUCUCUGUUGAUCGUGAUUGAAAGCACUCAUCCUCGAGUGAGCUCAAUCUUGGCAGAGAACGUAAACGGUAUUUCCGAAAACAACGUCAAUAGCUCACUGUUCAACGCAGACAGAGCCAUCCGUGAAUGCGAUACAGAGGACACAGGCUGCGAAGCUGACCUUUCGAAGGCAAUCGCAAUCAAAGAAGAUGACACGGCAUACAUUGUCUUCACCAGCGGCACAACAAGCUCUCCAAAGCCGAUUGUGGUCCAGCACGGCAAUCUUUACCACUCCAUCGAAUCGAGUCGCUCGAUUCUUCACAAGGAUCCGUCUUCCUUACGCACACUGGCCUUUUCAGGCCCGACUUUUGACAUGAGCACUACCUCCACAGUCUUGGAUCUGCUUGUGCCAGACCAAGUGCCGUUCCUGCUGACACUUUGUCCGGGAGGCGAACCGCUGAAGAAGCAAAUUUGCGAACGCUUUUCGACCGGAUUCCAGAUCCUCAACACCUAUGGCCCUUCUGAAUGCACCGUCAGCGUCACGUCCGGCUGUAUUGGAAGAAAUGACCUUCCGAGUCUCAUAGGCAGACCGAUAGGCUGCAACCGUGCGUACGUCAUCGACCGCUGCAGUGGCCGACCUCCUGCGUUGGUGCCGCUCGGAAGAAUCUGUGAACUGGCGAUCGGUGGACCCCAAGUAGGGCUCGGCUAUCUUGGCAACCAACCUGCCACCUUGGCGUCUUUCAUUCCGAGCCCUUUCGACGUCGAUGCGCCCACAAGUCAAAGAUUGUUUUUGACAGGGGACAAGGCAAGAUGGCAUUCAGAUGGCCGCCUUGAAUACCUGGGUCGUUCCGACUUCCAAAUCAAGAUCCGAGGCUUCCGCAUUGACCCCUUCGAGGUUGAGGAGGCGGUCGUCAAAGCUGCUCAUCCUCUUGGAGAUGAUGCAAUCUGCGCGAAGGUGUUCGACAAUGAAAGCCGCGAACGUCUUGUCCUGUUUUUAGCUCUAUCCCAUGGAGCUAACAGUCAGACAGAUUGUACCUUCAGUGCUGGGCUGACGCUGACCGGUACCCUUACAGAGGUCGCUUCUGCACGUACAGCAAGUCUCUCAUCUGCGUUGAAACAAAGGCUACCUUCGUAUAUGAUCCCUUCAGUUAUUCUUCCGAUGAAGGCUUUUCCGUUGACCGCCAAUCUCAAGGUGGACAGGAAAGCGCUGAUGUCUACAUACACGGAAUGGCUCGCUUCGGGAAGCAAGUUCACAUUCAUCGAUGACGGUUCUGCACAACAGAGGAAUGUUUUGAAGCCAAGCCUCAACGAGACCGAGAUCCAGGUCGCUACUCUCUGGGGUCAGCUGCUUGGGAGGGAGCCGAGCUCUUUCUCGUCGAGCGACCACUUCCUCCUCGUGGGUGGCGACUCGGUCCUCCUGAUCCGCCUUGCAGGUCUCUGGCGAGCACAUGGCUGCAAGAUUGACUUUGCAACGCUCUUCGACAACCUCAUUCUCUCAGCCCAGGCAAAACUGUUCCUUCCAUCACGAUCAAUCGACGAGAGAGAAGCUCAGAAGGCCUAUGAACCGUUCAGUCUGCUUCAAGAUGCGAUCACCACCACGGCAGAUGCGAUUGCAGGACUCAACGCUGAGCCGGAGGACGUAGUGGAUAUCCUCCCUUGCUCGCCGAUGCAAGAUGCUUUAGUUGGUCUCAGUCUCACUGGCGACAAGGACGCCCAGGCCUACUUUGCCACGAUCGACACAGAACUUCCAAAAUCUCUAGCUUUUUCGGAGGUGCAGCGUGCAUGGGAUCAACUCGUCCGGUGGAACGAUGUGCUGCGUACAUGCUUCUUCUUCGGAAAGGAAGGAUUGCUUCAGGUAGUGUAUAGAUCGGAAUCGACCAGAGGCAAGGCGGCUUAUCUGCAUGAAAUCGACACAAAAGAUACUGGUGCUUCAAGUCCCGAUUCUACAAACUUCGAUACGGUACCGGCACCAGGGCUCGAGAUGGGAGCUGUCCCUAUCACAGCGCGAUACUAUUCUUCAACCGAGAACUCCCGACUCGUGGUCAAAUUCCACCACGCAGUGUACGAUGGGGAAAUGCUCGACAUCCUCUUGAGCCAGUUCUACAGUGUUCUGCGAUACACCGCAGAGGACGACGUUUUGUUCUCAAUGGUAUCAUCUGGCCGCUCUGGCUUGGAGAUGGAAGGCUUAGACAAGGUUGCAGGUCCCUGCAUUGCCACUAUCCCGGUCAGAGUCAAAGUGAAGGAAGACCAACCGGUGAACCAAUCGCUUGCCGCGCUGAUGAAGGACUUACAACACAGUCUGAAACACGAGCACUUGGGAAUGCACAAGAUCAAAGAACUAAUGGGAAUUAGGCGCCGAGGACCCCUGACGAACGUGAUCUUGACAUACCAGGCGCACGUUGAUCGGGUUGAGGCGGUCGGCAAGGACACCAAUAUGUUCCGUAUCUUUGGAGGCAAGGUUCGGAUGACAAUGGACACGCCCAUCAAUCUGAUAGUCUCUCCUACGUCAGAAGGACUAGAACUCAAUGAUUCCGGCAUCCGUUCUACCUCGAAUGAAGCAGAGGAUGUUUUGCAGACCUUCAAACGGCAGGUUGAACGGACUCCAAAGAAGAUAGCUGUUCAACAUGGCUGUUCGAGCUUUGCAGGUGCAGCCUACAUUGCAGUGGAUGAAGACUCCAACCAUACUCGGGCUCGGGACAUCAUCGCAGCAUCAGCACCAACUCUUCUGCUUACCAGCGAUAAACGGCGUGAUCAAGCGAGAUCACUGCUGUCAAACAGCGCCUUCGCUGUCGUGCUGUUGACGAUCGAGGAAAUGGGGACUAGUGCCAAUGCCACCCUUGAAGAACAUCCUGCAGCAAUGGUGGCGGUCAGAAAUGGCAGUGAUCUUGCCUCAGCUGGCUCGAAGACCUCGGUGGUAUGGCAACUCAGCUCUUAUGCGCCUUCCUGGAAACGACGUCUACGGUUCUCAAUCUGCAAUCUGAUCGAACCUGCGACAGUGCCCUUCUUGAAGUACAUCCUGCCAGGAGGUGAGCCGGUCGUACGCAGUAUCCAACAAAAAUUCAGCGACGACUUCUACCUCCUGAGCACGUACGGACCGUCUGAAGCGACUGUGAGUGUCUCUUCAGGUCGUCUUCAUCAGCAAGAUCCAGCGAACGUCAUUGGAAAACCCGUCGGAAGCAGUGCGAUCUAUAUUGUCAAGUCAAAGACUCAAGAAAGCAGAUCGCAACUCAAUUUGUGCUCUCUCUACGAGCCAGGUGAACUCGCUAUCGCUGGCCCUCAAAUAUCUCGAGGAUACCUGAACAUGGCAGAGCUCACAUCCAAGAGUUUCAUAGAGGACUGCGAGCUAGAGUCGCAAGUCUUGCGCACUCGCUUGUUCCUUUCUGGGGAUUUCGGAUACUGGGAUGGGCAUGGAAGGCUGCACCUCCUUGGUAGGAUCGACAGUCAGGUCAAGAUCAAGGGGUAUCGCGUAGAGCUGGGAGACAUCGAAUCGACAAUCUUGACCGUCUUCCCUGGCACAAUUCGACAGGCUGCGUGCAUCAAAACGACCUUCGACAAUCGAGAAUCUAUCGUUGCUUUCGUCGUACGGAACGACAACGAUGCUUCAAAGCGACAGCACGAGUUUUGCGAAGCGGUGCGAGACACGAUUGUAAAUGUGCUGCCAGCAUACAUGGUGCCGUCAAUGGUCCUCACGGUAGACUCGAUACCUAUGACCCAGAACUCCAAGAUUGACAGAAACCAGCUGACAGAGUUUCAUCGUAAGGUUCUAGCAACGCAUCCCUUACCGGCGCACAAGAAACCAGCAGUAAAUCCCCCUCGAAAUCAUCUCGAAGAACGUAUCGCAACGGGCUGGUCCGAGCAUCUCGGUAUCGACCCACAGCUCCUGGACAUUGACAAGCACUUUGUCUCCCUCGGAGCAGAUUCCCUCACCGCCAUGAAGGUAGCCAGGAGUCUUAUCGCCGGUGGUCUGCGCUCGGAGGACAUAUUUGCACGAAGCGAUGUGGUCGAUCGCGACGAUAUCGAGUACGUAUUCCCUUGCAGUACGUUCCAGGAAGGACUCAUCGACUCAACCUUGGUCCAUCCUGAGCAGCAAGCCUUCUUUGCGAACUUGCGUAUCCGGGUCGGCGAGGUCACCCAGGAGAGUCUGGAACGCUUCUGGGGCAUUAUGCAAGAACGACAUCCGAUGCUACGAACUGUCUUCAAAGCACAUGAAGACAGCCUUCUUCAUGUUGUCCUCAGACCGACUUCCAAGCUGUUAAACAGGAUGAAGGGACGACAACCACAGGAUGCGUUCCGGACAGUGCUUCUUGGAGAAUUGCACGAGGCCGAUAUUCUGCAGAGCCUCUUCGAGCAGGCGCAAAUUGAUCAUCAAGAAGCUCUGGAGCACGAAGUACCGAGCCUUGAAGGUUUACGAAAGAUCACCGGCUCCUUGGUCAAAGUCGGACUCUCUGAGCUGCUUUUUGUCUUUCAUGACUUUGAAGACUCGAAGGAGCAAAUUCGCCAAGCUAGCAGAGAUGCCAGCUUGAAGAGCAGCCUCAAGAUCAGCCAAUGUUGUUGGACAAUCGUUUGA